AUGAGGGGUGACCCGCCCCCUUUACCACCCCGACCACCGGGGUUUAACCCUGCAUCAGCGGCAGAAGCCGUUCCCAAUGCUAUAGUGAUGGAUGAGGGUAGACCCAAUGACUCCUUAUACAGCUUGUCCCUGCCCCGCCCCGAAGCGACCUCGAAGAGGCGAUUGUUACUUAUUUACAUCCAUGGCUUUAUGGGCUCUGAGGCCAGCUUCAACGACUUCCCGGCGCAUGUUCAUCACUUGCUGACUGCUGUGCUCAGCGAGUCAUAUGUCGUAUACACUCGUAUCUACCCUCGGUACAAGUCCCGCGGCGAGAUACAGACAGCCGUUGACCAGUUUAGCAACUGGUUAUCCCCGCACGAGGCCAAUGACCUUGACGUCAUUCUGUUGGGACACAGUCUUGGUGGUAUUUUGGCUACAGAUGUUGCGCUCAUGCAAAAUCACAGUAUUCCAGAUGUGAAACCGAAACAUCGUAUACUGGGGCUUAUCAACUUCGACGUUCCAUUAUUGGGGGUACAUCCUCGGGUCAUUCCCACCGGGAUCGGCAGCCUGUUUCAAAAGAAGGGCAACACGGUUGAAGCUAAUGUAGCCGAAUCGCUAGAAUCCUUAUCAUUGGACACAACUGCACUCGUCAAUAACGGUCCGAAUUUUGACCCUCCAUUCAAAAAUGAUGUACGAUUGGUCAAACGUGAUACCAUGGGUAGCAUCAGGCACUUUGUCGACAAGAACACGAACCGUCUCUCACAAUCUCUUGUUGAUCUUCUCGUUUCACCUGUCAAAUUCGCAAACUGCGUGAAUGAAUACCCCACUAUGCGUAUGCGUUAUCGCCGGUUGAUAGAGCUAGAAGCUGGGAAGCAUGGCCACAAGGGAGUCCAAUUUGUCAACUAUUAUACCGCAAGCACCGGUCGGAAAUCCAAAACACCAAAGACCAAGCCCGCAACGGAUUCCAACAAAGAGGAGACCCCCGAGGAGACCCAAGAGAAGACCAGCGAGGAAGCGCUCGAGGAGGCGGAAAUGGCGAAUGGUGCAAGAGAAUGCAAGGAUGUUGAGGAAUCGGACAAGGCCGCCCAGACGUCAUGUGCUACAUGUGAGAAUCCGAGAGAAUCUCCCGAGACAGAAUCCAGUCCGUUCGGAGCAUCAGAGAUAAAGCCAGACGAAUGCCCGUCCAGUGACGAUUCUUCCAAAUUUGGGACACAGCCCACUGCAUUUGACUCUCUUCAAGCGGUUCAAUCGGUUGGAAUCGAGGUGGAGACCCAACCAAGAGGCACACCAAGCCUCACAUCAUCAAUCUCAGUCGAUAAGAUGGAGACAACAAGCCUCUCAGACGAGGCAUCUAGCAUGGCAUCCGCAAGUACAUUGACAGCAGAUACAAACCCUGAGAAGCUUCGCAAGUUCAUUCUGCUGCCGUCUCAUCACUGGCGGAGUGCAGAUAAUUCUUUAUGGGUACCGGUAGUCAUGGAGGAUAUGGACGAAGUGGAAGCUCAUCAGUCUAUCUUCCUUGCGCAUGGCAAACACUAUGACCGACUAGUUGGAGAAACUGUGACCCAGAUUGAGCAGUGGGUGCAGAACGACCUGACCCUUCGGGCACUGUCUUGA